UGUGGGGGAGUAAAUGGGUGUUAGCGGUUGCCCACUUCUCCCAUAUCAGAAACCGCCACUCUUCGCCAUAGCAACCAGUGUUUAUUCUUGUUUGGUUUUGUUUGGCAUUUGGAAAUUAAUCUCAAAUUAAUGUUUGGUCUGAGAACGUGCUUAGCCUCGCCUGAAUCUAGUUUGGAUCCUUAUACUUACAACAACAAAAGUAGGGGAGAAAAAAGGAGGAGGUUCUGAUUUUGCAGGAGAGAAAGGAGAGCAUUUCCAGUAUCCACAUAACAGACAUGGGGGGGCUCUCUUCUUGUUUCCGGCGUACUCCUCCCGAUCAGAGUGGUGGUGAGCAAGUUGGUCGCCCUCUGUCUUUACAACAGACCCAGGAUCUUAGCUCGUUUCCGGAGAGAAUCUCGAGAGUCAAGCUCUACUGUCAGAAUGGAGGAUAUCACCUGAAGAUUGCUCAAGAUGGAACAGUGUCUGGCGUGAGGGAAGAAGAUGACCCCUACAUAAUCAUGAACCUGAAGGCGGUGGCAAUAGGAGUUAUUGUCAUCCUGGGGGAGUCGGCGAACAAGUACCUGGCUAUGAAUAACAAAGGAGAACUCUUCGCAAAAGAGGGCGUAACUGAUGACUGUAACUUCUUGGAACAUACUGAACCAAACGGCUACACCACACUUCGCCACCAGGGAUCCUCCUUUUAUGUUGGUUUGAAAGCGAAUGGCACAGCUAUGAAGGGAACAGAAACCCACCAGGGCAUGAAGAACAUUUUAUUCCUGCCGAGGCCAGCCUAAGCUUAAAUGAAUAAAAACCCUGGAAGACCGCAGAAAGGA